AUGCAACUUCUAUUGGUAACACUUGUCGCCUCCAGCUUGGCGCUGGCUCAGGGCAUGGCGCUGUAUGCCAACUAUCCGUAUGUGUAUACGGCGCAGGGUUCGGCACUGGUGACGCCCACGCAGCAGCAGUAUCUGACGCAGGAUGUGCUGGGCCAGUAUGCCUACGGCUAUGCCGAGCCACAUUCCACCAAGCAGGAGGUGCGCAGCCUGGACGGCAUCACGCGCGGCAGCUACAGCUAUCGCGAUGCGGCGGGCAAGCUGCAGACCGUUGACUAUACGGCCGAUGCGAAGGGUUUCCAUGUGGCAGCCACCAAUUUGCCGCAGCGGCAGUUUCCUGCCGCUGCUGCCCACAAUUCAGCUGACGCCGUCGAAGUUGCCGCCGCCUCUCAGAGCCAUUUGGCGGCUCAUGAGGCGGCUCGACUGCGUCUGGCGCAGGCUCAACAGUCCAAACACCAACCAACAGAUCUGGACCUGCCUGUUCCCGUUGCCGACACAGCCGAGGUGGCCGCUGCCAAGUCCAUUCAUCUGAAGCGUGUCGCCUCCGAGAAGCUGCGCAACGAGCUCCUCAGCGCCCGCUCGGUUCCAGUUGCUCGCAGCUCCCAUGUCUUUCUGCCCGUGCAGUCGGUCUACGGCUAUAGCAUUCCACGCUACUACAGCUCCGCCACACUGGCGCGCUCGGCAGCCCUGCUGCAUUAUGGCGCUCCACUGGCAGCGGGCACCUUCAGCCAAUACCACAGCCAGGAUGAGCAUGGCCAGUAUGCCUAUGGCUAUACGGCGCCGCUCUACUCCAAGCAUGAGACGCGCACGGCGGACGGCGUCACCCACGGCUCCUACUCCUAUGUGGAUGCCAGAGGCGAACAGCAGACGGUCAACUACCAGGCGGAUGCCAAUGGCUUUCGUGUCACGGCCAGCAGCCUGCAGCAGCAGCAGCAGCUGCGACCCAAUGCGGAGACAGCCGAGGUGGCUGCGCUGCGUGCCCAACACCUGGCUGCCCAUGCGGAGGCCAAGCUGCGUCUGGCUGGCGACGCCAGUUUGACCGGCGCUGUGCAGGAUACGCCCGAGGUGGCCGCCGCCAAAGUUGCCUUCUUCAAGCGCUUCGAGGCGGAGAAGCUGCGCAACCAGCUGGGCAAGGUCACGACCACCGCCACCAUCAAAUCUGCACCAGGUCACAGCCAUACCAUAAUCUCGCAGCCACUUUAUGUUUACCAGCCUGCGAGUGGCUACAUUUACAAGUACAACUCCCUGCUGAAGGCUGCCUCAUCAAAUCACUAUCUGCCCGUGGCUUAA